CGGCCCCGGGCGCGGCGGUCCAUGCGAGCGGCUCCCCGCGGUCCGCGGCGCGCCCGGAGCCCGGAGCCCGCGGGGACGAGGCUAAAGUUGGGCGCGCCGCGGAGUUGCGCCCGCGCCCGGGGCCCCGCGUCCCCGCGCCCCGCGAACUCCGGCGGCGGCUGAGGCGACGGCUGCGGCGGCCGAGCAGCAUGCCGAGGAGGAAGCAGCAGGCCCCCCGGCGCUCGGCAGCUUAUGUUCCUGAGGAAGAAUUGAAGGCAGCAGAAAUAGAUGAAGAGCAUGUGGAGGAUGACGGGCUGUCUUUGGACAUUCAGGAAAGCGAGUACAUGUGCAAUGAAGAGACAGAGAUCAAAGAGGCACAGAGCUACCAGAACUCCCCAGUCAGCUCUGCGACUAACCAGGACGCUGGCUACGGGUCGCCCUUCAGUGAGAGCAGCGACCAGCUGGCCCAUUUCAAAGGCUCUUCCUCUCGAGAAGAGAAGGAGGAUCCGCAGUGUCCCGACAGCGUCUCGUACCCCCAGGACAGCCUGGCACAGAUCAAAGCUGUGUAUGCAAACUUGUUCUCUGAGUCCUGCUGGUCCAGCUUAGCUCUGGAUUUAAAGAAGUCGGGUUCCACCACCAGCACCAACGAUGCCAGCCAGAAGGAGAGCUCCGCCCCCACCCCCACACCCCCCGUCUGCCCCGCCAGCACCGCAGGCCCCACGGCGAGCACGCCCAGCACCAGCUGCAGCUCCAGCACCAGCCACAGCAGUACCACCAGUACCAGCAGCAGCUCCGGGUACGACUGGCACCAGGCCGCACUGGCCAAGACGCUGCAGCAGACGUCCUCGUACGGGCUGCUCCCCGAGCCCAGCCUGUUCAGCACCGUGCAGCUCUACCGCCAGAACAACAAGCUCUACGGCUCCGUCUUCACCGGCGCCAGCAAGUUCCGGUGCAAAGACUGCAGCGCCGCGUACGACACGCUGGUGGAACUGACGGUGCACAUGAACGAGACAGGCCACUACCGCGACGACAACAGGGACAAGGACUCUGAGAAGACCAAGCGGUGGUCCAAGCCCAGGAAGCGCUCCCUGAUGGAGAUGGAGGGGAAGGAGGACGCCCAGAAGGUGCUGAAGUGCAUGUACUGUGGACACUCCUUCGAGUCCUUGCAGGACCUCAGCGUCCACAUGAUCAAAACCAAGCAUUACCAGAAAGUGCCUCUGAAGGAGCCAGUGCCAGCCAUCACCAAACUGGUCCCCUCCACCAAAAAGCGGGCGCUUCAGGACCUGGCGCCCCCCUGCUCCCCUGAGCCAGCAGGAAUGGCCGCAGAGGUGGCCCUGAGUGAGUCAGCCAAGGAUCAGAAAGCGGCGAACCCAUACGUCACGCCCAAUAACCGCUACGGCUACCAGAACGGUGCCAGCUACACCUGGCAGUUCGAGGCCCGCAAGGCGCAGAUCCUCAAGUGCAUGGAGUGUGGCAGCUCCCACGACACCCUGCAGCAGCUCACCGCCCACAUGAUGGUCACCGGGCACUUCCUGAAAGUGACCACCUCAGCCUCAAAGAAGGGCAAGCAGCUGGUGCUGGAGCCUGUGGUGGAAGAGAAGAUCCAGUCCAUCCCCCUGCCGCCCACCACCCACACGCGGCUGCCGGCCGCCAGCAUCAAAAAGCAGCCGGAGUCUCCCGCGGGGUCCACAGCUUCGGAAGACAAGAAAGAGCCGGAGAAGGAGAAGCUGCCCGUGGCUGGUGAUGCGGAGAAGAUCAAGGAGGAGAGUGAGGACAGCUCGGAGAAAUUUGAGCCCAGCACCCUGUACCCCUACCUGCGCGAGGAGGACCUAGACGACAGCCCCAAGGGAGGGCUGGACAUUCUCAAGUCCCUGGAGAAUACCGUCUCCACGGCCAUUAGCAAAGCCCAGAAUGGCGCGCCCUCGUGGGGUGGUUACCCCAGCAUCCACGCGGCCUACCAGCUGCCGGGCACCGUGAAGCCACUCCCGGCGGCCGUGCAGAGUGUGCAGGUGCAGCCGUCCUAUGCUGGCGGCGUCAAGUCGCUGUCUUCCGCCGAGCACAACGCCCUCCUGCACUCCCCGGGGAGCCUCACGCCCCCACCGCACAAGAGCAAUGUGUCUGCCAUGGAGGAGCUGGUGGAGAAGGUCACAGGCAAGGUCAGCGUCAAGAAGGAGGAGAGGCCCCCUGAAAAGGAGAAGAGCUCCCCGGCCAAGGCUGCGUCCCCCGUAGCAAAAGAGAAUAAAGAUUUCCCUAAAACGGAGGAAGUCAGCGGCAAACAACAGAAGAAGGGCCCUGAGGCUGAGACCGGGAAGGCCAAAAAGGAGGGACCGCCGGACGUUCACACCCCAAACGGCACAGAGCCUCUCAAAGCAAAGGUCACCAACGGCUGUAACAACCUGGGGAUCAUCACGGACCACUCGCCAGAGCCUUCCUUCAUCAACCCGCUGAGUGCUUUGCAGUCCAUCAUGAACACGCACCUGGGCAAGGUGUCCAAGCCCGUGGGCGCCUCGCUGGACCCGCUGGCGAUGCUCUACAAGAUCAGCAACAGCAUGCUGGACAGGCCGGCGCGCCCCGCCGCCCCCGUGAAGCAGGCCGACGCCAUCGACCGCUACUACUACGAAAACAGCGACCAGCCCAUUGACUUAACCAAGUCCAAGAACAAGCCGCUGGUGUCCGGCAUGGCGGAUCCGGUGGCGUCACCUCUGCGGGAGAGCGCGCUCAUGGACAUCUCCGACAUGGUGAAGAAUCUCACAGGCCGCCUGACGCCCAAGUCCUCCACGCCCUCCACGGUUUCGGAGAAGUCUGAUGCUGACGGCAGCAGCUUUGAGGAGGCACUGGACGAGCUGUCACCUGUCCACAAGAGGAAGGGCCGGCAGUCCAACUGGAACCCACAGCACCUGCUCAUCCUGCAGGCCCAGUUCGCCUCGAGCUUGCGGGAGACCACAGAGGGCAAGUACAUCAUGUCGGACCUGGGGCCACAGGAGAGGGUGCACAUCUCGAAGUUUACCGGCCUCUCCAUGACCACCAUCAGCCACUGGCUGGCCAAUGUGAAGUACCAGUUGAGGAGGACAGGGGGAACGAAAUUCCUAAAGAACCUGGACACAGGGCAUCCUGUUUUCUUUUGCAACGAUUGUGCCUCUCAGUUCAGAACUGCCUCUACAUACAUAAGUCAUUUGGAGACGCACUUGGGCUUCAGCCUGAAGGAUCUAUCCAAGCUGCCACUCAAUCAGAUUCAAGAACAGCAGAAUGUUUCGAAAGUCCUGGCCAACAAACCUCUGGGCCUGCUGGGGGCCACCGAGGAAGACUUGGGCUCCACAUUCCAAUGUAAGCUCUGCAACCGGACUUUUGCGAGCAAGCACGCAGUCAAACUGCACCUUAGCAAGACUCAUGGCAAGUCCCCCGAGGACCACCUGAUCUAUGUGACUGAGUUGGAGAAACAGUAGCGUCCAGGUAUGCAAGAGACCGUGGAACAUUGCACUAAACGUCGUCGAGCUGCACUAGGCCUGGCCUGAGCCUCUAAAAUCAGUCUUUCCUUUGUUGCUGGCCCGCCUCUCUGGACCUUGGUUUUCUUACACAUAUUUUGUAUAUUUAUAUGCUCUCUGUCCGAUCUGUGCAUGUUAUUUUUCUUUUUCCGUGAGUCAAAGUCUGACCUUUAUUUUCAACAUCUGUUCUUGAUGUUAAGCUAUCUUUUGUAGGAAAUAGUGGGGCACACUAUUCAGAGACAUUAUUUAGCAGUAAAGAAAGACACAAAUAACAAUGAUAAAAAGACAUCCUAAAAUGACGAAGUUGCCAUGACAAUAAAGGUCAUAGAACCUGGUAGUGUCAAAUUUAACCCUUUGAGGACUGUAAUUGCAUUUCUGUGCCUUUCACUUGAAAAAAAAAAAAAAAAAGAAAAAAAAGGCUUAAAGGCAUUUCAUUCAGAUCAAAAGCUGUGUCAGACACAAAACUUAUUUAAUAAUUAAAAAAUGAGCUUUUAUAUGCAGAACUGGUUUGUGAGGAAACAUGCAUGCAGCUGUGGGAAGAUAGAAAGCUGUCUAGGACUCACGGGGUUUGGAAGCCACACCUCUACAUGUCUAAAACAAAAAACAACAGAUACCCACUCGCCACUCUGCCCAAACCCUCUGGAUGCUGAAAAAUGCCACUUUCGGCAAAAAAAAAAAAAAAAAAAAAAAAAAAAAAAAAAAAAAAAAAAAAAAAA